GUUUUUUUAUAUGCAGAACACUAUGCUUCUGAUCGUCCUUUCUUGCCUGGUUGCAGUUGUUUUCGGACAACACCAACAUCAUCUGAACACCCAUGAACUCCAGCAGUUAGUAGACAGUGGAUUCCUAACCCUCGACGUAAAUCCAAAGGAUGGACUGCUAGAAUAUGCCGAACUUUCUAAGCUCUUUGACCAAAGGGACACAGACGGUGAUGGAAACUUAUCAAAGGCAGAAUUCGAGGCUCAUGUAGGACUAGACUUUCUUUUUAAAGAUCCACUCUUCAAUCUCUUUGACACUGACAAGAAUGGACUUCUCAGCAAGGCCGAGUUUGUGGACAAGGCUUACCAUGAUGCAAACAAUAACGGUGAUGGACAGGUAACACGACAUGAAUUUGACCAUUAUUACUCCCAGCUUCUUCAUCAUCUCAACACACACCAUGGUUGAUUUCACGUUCUUUGCGGAACUUUGAUGUUUUCAUACAUUUUGAAUAAACGAUCGGA